AUGCAGCAGGAACCAAAAAACCUGGUGGUUCCUAUAAGAAAUGGCCUUUACAGCCAGAAGUAUAAACCUGUUGACUACAAACAUCUAUAUGAACUUGCUGCAGCAGAAAAAAUGGUAUCUGCAGAAAUUCAGUUAAAGAUUAAAAAAAACAGGCAAGUUUUAAAAAAUAAAAAAGAGCAAAUGCUGCUGAAACAGCACCAGCAAGUGUGGUGGCAAGAGCAUAAAAGAUUGAGUGAGAACAGGCAAAAAGCAGAAGCAGAAAUAAAGACUUUUCUUGAUGAAGAAAGCCAUAAGCACAACUUUUUUGUCGAUAUGAGAGACUUGGAGCAUCGCUUAUCAAAGGAGCGGGCUGCGUUCCGAGGAGAUACUGUAGCUCCUAUCUGGCAGCUGAGGGAGCAGUUGAAAUCCAGGCUGUCUGAAAUGCUGUCUUGCCUGAAAGCUAAGAUCAAUCCAGCUGAGAUGUUACAGCAAAUCAAAUUUGUGAAGAAGCACCAGAAAGCAAUCUUGGAACUCCUUAGCCAUGAAAGCCUGGCUUUGGAAAGAGAGCUUGAGGACUAUAAAACAAAAGCAUUAGCACAUUCUUUUGAAGAGAUAAAUGGAGUUUGCCUUGAAGUUCCUUCAGCCCUCCUGUCUUUGGAAUGCCCCUACCCUGAUCUGAAGACCUUGGUUAUCAGUGAAUACCAAAAGCUUGCCAGCGGCUUCUGGUCUAAGCUCCAGGAGAUCGACCAGCAGUUAGAAGUUUUACAUAGGAAUAUUGACUGGAAGGAAGAGGAUCAGUGGGUUUUCCAGACUGUUAUCAGUCAGUAUCCAAGUGAUCUCCAGAGGAGGAGGACUUUGUACCUGGACGUGCUGCAGAGAUACCUUCCUCACAAAUCUCGGCGUGACCUGGUUGCUCAUGAGAAGGCCUGGGACCGGUGCCACUUUGCCAGGAGCCAGCGCAGGGCCGUGGUGCUGGGCUGGGCUCAGGCCAGGGAAGCCUUUCUGCUGCGGGCAGCGGCCACCGCCGCCGAAGCCUCUGCUGCCCAGGAGGCAGAGGUGCUGCUGGCCCACAGCAGGCAAAAGCAGCAGCAGCUUUGUGCUGAGCUGAAAGCAAAGGUUGUACAGUGGAGAGCACAGCAGGAAGAGGCUGCUGAGCUGGAAGCUGCUGUGGCUGCCAGAAGAAAAGAAAAAGAGGAUGAGAAAGAAAGGCUGCAGAAGGAGCAGGAGAGGAUUCGCAGAGCUGAGGAGAGCCAGAAGGUGAGAAAGUACAGGGCUGAGAAACAGCUGAGGUGUCAAGAACAGGAGAAGAAAGAUCUUCAACGGCUGGAGGAAUUGAGAAAAUUAAUGGCUGAACAAGCAAUUAAAGACAGAGAAAGGGUGAAGUUCAGACAGGCAUUGCUGGAAAGGAGGCUGCUGGAGAAGAAGGAGCUGGCCCUCCAAGCAGCACGUAAGGAGGAGGAGAAGGAAAAAUGCCUCGAGGCGCUCCGACAGCAGGUUGCUGUCGUUGCAAAAUUAGACCCAGCUCGAGUGGUGGCUGACACGGUGGCCUCUAAAGCUCGGAUGGGCAUUGGAACCAACGAAGAGUUUGAUCUCCAGAAGCCACUGUUUAAGUUGCACACAUACAGUGAGGAGCAGAUCAUUUCUGACCCCAGGCUCCGUGUUGAGCUGGCUCUGCGGGAAGCUGGACUUCAUAAAACACUUUAUGCAAAAGAGAUCUUACCAAAAAUCCCUCCGCUGAAGCUCCCCAGAAGAGACAUGAGAUCUACAGCUUUUCAGAUGCAGAGCACCUCUGUGCCAGGAGCAGCUUCAGGGGGCACUGUCUGGCCUGUGCUGUGA